GACCGAGCCCUCCCUUUGAAUUGACCUUCUCUCCAUUUCACUUCACUUCUCAGAAACAGGCAUUUCACACUCACAAACGAGACAAUCACACACACACACAUAUAUAUAUAUAUAUCUGAAAUUAGAGAGAGAGAGAGUAAAAGUAAAAGAAAUUAAGAUGGGAAGCGUACACGAGCGGCGGCAGCAGCAGCAGCUCCUCCAUCACAAAACCAUCUUCAUACCUCUCUUCUGCCGCUUAUCUCUGAAAGACAUAAAGCGGCAUUCGGCUCCCUCCGACGAGCCAUCCUCCCCUAAAGUGAGCUGCAUGGGCCAAGUCAAGAAGAGAAGCAACCGCGUCGCCCCAACCCCAAACCACACCUACUCCAAGCUCAAGAAGCUCUUCUCUUCCAAAGCCCUCCUGCCCGCCAAGACCAACGAUUUCAAGAAAGAUUGCGAUGCCGAAGUGGUGGACGUCGCCGAGCUUGAUCCGCCGCUGCCGGUGCUGAAGAAGGAGGCGGCGGCGCCGAAUCUGUGGAAGAGGAGGUUUAAUGGGGCGGCGCUCAAGACGUUACAGAUCGAAAUUGUUUCUGUAGCGCCAACUGUAUCAACAGAUCAAUUUUUUUAAAAAUUCGAGGUAAUAAUAGUCACAGAUCUAAUGCUCUAUUAAUCAGAAUGUAAAUGGAUUCAAGCAUGUUAGGUUCUUUUUCUUCUUCUUUUUUUUUGAGCAGUGAUUGAAAGAUUAUGCUAAAAUCUAAUGGAUGUUAUUUUUUAUUUUUUUUGAUAAAAUUAUUGUCCAAUUUUAAUCACUCCAUCUUAGUGUUUCAUUA